AUGGCGGAUGUGUCGUCACUUUACACACACCUGCUAACCGGAUAUGACGCCAGGGUUCGCCCGACCGCCGACGACCAGCAUCAGGCGAUAAAUAUGACCUUGACCUUCAGCUUAAACUUCAUCAAGACCGUUGAUGUGACAACCGGAGAGUUUACCGUUAUGGGCAGUGUCACCACUCAGUGGAAUGAUCCAAGGAUGGCAUGGACCCCGAGCAUGCGCGGAGGGGCGUACAGUAUCACUUUGCCGAGACACACUGUGUGGACUCCAGAAUUUACUGUAAUCAAAAGUUUCGACACAUCUGAUUCUUUGGGUCACCCGAAGUACAACGUCCAGUUUGUGUAUGAUGGGACGGCCGUCUGGACGUUUGAUGAUAAACUACGGGCAGUUUGUAAUUAUGACGUCUCCGAUUAUCCGUUUGAUGUUCAGACAUGCGCAGUUGCUCUGUCACCAGUAGGGAUGACGUCAUCGCAAUUGCGACUCAUUAUCGCUACGUCGACGGCAGACGUCACAGAUUUAGUAGAAAGUGAUGCCUGGGAACGAUUCAAUACACGGUGUCAGCGGGAACAUGGACCAAAACAUCCCAAACAUACCUGGACAUAUGAGGUGACGGAUGAAGAAAAACAUACAAAUGUGACGGUAUUGCCAUCUAAAGAAGCAACAGAAGGAUCAAAAUGUGAAGCCAAUUGUGAUUUAUGA